AUGGCCUCUAUUCGCGUUCUUUCCUUCGAUGCUGAGGGCCGUCCCGUGCAGUUCACUUCCUGGCUCGACGACCUGCAGUUGUAUCUUAUGAGCAAUAGCACGGACCACAUCUCCCUCUAUGACUACGCGUCUGGUGCUGCCGCUGCUCCUGCUGCCACAGCCGAGCUUAGUGUUCGUUCCCACUGGCAGACUCGUGACGCAGCUGCUCGCCUAGCCAUUCGCAGUCACCUGCCGCUAGCUGAGCUCGAGCAUUUUGGCGACUGCAAAUCCGCUAAGGCCCUGUACGAUGCUGUCGUUGCUCGCUACUCCUCGCCUGCCACAGCCGAGCUUAGCCGCCUCAUGCUGCCGUACCUGUUCCCCGAUCUGUCCACCUUUACUACAGUCGCCGAUCUUAUCACCCACCUUCGCACUAGUGAUGCUCGCCUGCGUGCCGCCCUUCCCACCGAGUUCUGCGCUAAGAACCCCCCUCCACUGUACUGGACACUCCACUUCAUAGUCACCCUCGCCCUCCUAGAGGAGCAGCUGCUCGCGGCCGAAAAGAGCAUUGUAGCUGUCGGUGCUGCUCGUGGCGCUCCUCGCACCCCCAUCUUUGAGGGGUGUUCUCCCUCUCCCCUCGCUCCCUCCUACGCUGCUGCUGCUGCUGUUGACUUCCUUGGUGCUGAGUCUGUUGGCGCUGCUUCUGCUCCUGGUGGGAGGCGCCGCACCGGCAAGGGCAAGGGGGGCAAGGGUGGUGGUGGUGGCGCUGGGGGGGGAGGAGGUGGGGGAGGUGGGGGGGGAGGCGGUGCUGGAGGGAGCGGUGGCGGGAGCGCUGGUGGGAGUGGGGUCGGUGGUGGAGGCGGGGGCGGCGGAGGAAGCAGUGGCAGUAGUGGCGGCGGCGGCGGCGGCGGUGGCGGCGGUGGCGGUGGUGGCGGUGGUGGCGGUGGCGGUCGGAGCGGUGGUAGUGGUGGCGGCGGAGGUCGGAGUGGAGGCACUGGCUCGGGCCAGAGCUCCCAGCAGCAGCAGCGUCCCCAGACGACCCAGCAGCUUCGUGAGUGGCUUGCUCAGCGUGGGACGUCGGGGGGCAGUGGCCGCUGUUCUUAUGUCAUUCGCACAGGUGACCGCAAGGGACAGACGUGUGGGAGGUUCCACACCCUGUACCGCUGCUUCUCCCGCCUUGACGACGCUUGGCGUGAGGAGAUGGGUGCGGAUGUUGAGCGCCCCCGCUGGGCUGAGCUCAUGAGGGCUGGUGUUGAUGUCUUUGCUCUUGACUAUGAUGCUAUUAUUGCUGCCAUUCCUUGCCCAGUCCACCACUGUCCUCCCUUGUCCGGCGGUUCCGUCUGGCUCGUUGUCGGGUUUCCACCUCCCCUCGUUCUCGACGAACCUGGUGAGCAACGCUGUCCUCCAGGAUCAGUGGGUUGA